CUAUGGUGCAUCGUGAUGCUGAAUAAAUAUAUCUAUGGUGAUUACACUGCUCCAGACUGUAUUUGUGCAAUAAUAGUUUUUUUAAACCAUAAGAAUUACAUUUUUGCAACAAUUUAAUAAGUUUGGGGUUACUGUUUAGUUUGACGAUGUUUCUUAUUAAAAAAUAUAGGGGUUGGCUACAAUGAUUUUUAUGACAAAUGACAAUAAUUACAUGACAGUGACAGAUGAAAAUACCACAGUGAAACUGUCAGAUGAGAUAUAUUAAUUAUUUACAUUGAAUAUUUACGUUUGUCGAUUAAAAGACUAGUAAAUUGUGCUUGGAUUGCAAUUAUUAUACAUAAAAAUGGCCGAGACUCCAGCUUCCCAACGUCUUACCAACGAUGAUUUUCGAAAACUGCUGAUGACCCCUCGGUCAAAUCCUUCACAUACACCUGCACCCCCUGGGUCCGUGAAGGAAGCAAUGAACAAUCCAAAUUCUAUGCCACCGCCUAAAAUCGAAGAUAAAUCCGAAGCCCGUCGUAAAAAGAAAAGUUACUAUGCAAAACUCAAAAAACAAGAAGACAAUAAAAUGGCAGAAUUGGCAGAAAAAUAUCGUGACAGGGCUGGUGAACGGAGAUCUGGAGUAAAUCCUGAUUAUCAAGCAGAUGAUCCUAUUGCGACAGCUCAAGCUUAUCGAGCUGUAGCUCCAGAUCUAAAAUCCGGUUAUGAUGCUGCAGAGAGGAGAAGGCAAAUGAUUCAAGAGUCAAAAUUCUUGGGAGGUGACAUGGAACAUACUCACUUGGUAAAAGGUCUUGAUUAUGCAUUGUUGCAAAAAGUUCGAAGCGAAAUUCAAACUAUUGAGAUGGAACAAGAGUUGGAAAUGGAAAAACUUGCUACUAAAAAUAUGGAAGAGAAGGAAAAAGAAAGAAAAGAUGCCCAAAAGAAGGAAGAGGAGGAAAUGAAGUUCAAAACUAAGAUUGGGAGGUCAAUAUAUUAUACCAUGAAUGUUUUAAAGUCUAGGCAUAUUGAACGUUCUGAACUGUUUGUGCCUGGUAGAAUGGCCUACGUUAUUGAUUUAGAUGAUGAAGCUGACAGUGAUAUACCAACUACAUUGAUAAGAUCUGUGGCAGAUGUUCCAUCAUUUGAACUAACCACCACAGUUACAACAAAUGAUAUUGUAAUAAAUAAACUUACGCAAAUUUUGAGCUAUUUAAGACAAGGAAAUCGAAAAAAUAAAAAAAAUAAAAGAGGACUACCAGAUAACUCUAAAGAGUAUGAUCUACAAGAGGAUAGUGAGAGCAAGAAACCACAAAAACGCUCCCAUCAAGAGGAUUCUAUAUAUGAAGAUAUUGGAGACUAUGUGCCUACAACAAAGAGCAGUAGACAUCGUGACCACCGUGAAAGAAAGGGACACAAUUACUUUGACAAACAUGAUAAUGAUCCUGUUGAUAAUAUUGGCCCAACCUAUAGAGUUAACAAAUCAGCUGAAAUUCUUAGUAAACUACAACAGGAACCUGAAGGGUAUGCAGAAUGUUAUCCAGGUUUGGAAGAAAUGAAUGAUGCAAUAGACGACAGUGAUGAUGAAGUAGAUUACUCCAAGAUGGAUCUAGGCAACAAGAAGGGACCCAUUGGUAGAUGGGACUUUGAUACAGCAGAAGAAUAUUCAGAUUACAUGAAUCAGAAGGAAGCCUUACCAAAGGCUGCUUUUCAAUAUGGGCUUAAAAUGGCAGACGGCAGAAGAUCUAGAAAGCAUAAGGACAAGAACGAGAAAGCUCAUCUCGAUAGGGAAUGGCAAAAGAUUCAGAAUAUUAUCCAGAAGAAAAGAUAGAUUUAGAAAUAUAUAUUUGAUGUAUGUAGAUAAUAAGGUGUAUAUAAAAUAAAAAGAUUAAUAUUUGA